AUGAGCACCAAGCCUAUGCUAAUGGACAUUAAGUCCACGUUGAGCUCUAAUCCAUCCCUCGCUGGUCAAAGCAGUGACCAAAAUUUUGAAAACCUGUUGCAGGCAUGUCGUGCUGGAGAUCUUGAAAAGGUGGAAAGGUAUGACUUCAGUUGUCUUUAUGGUGCACUAACUCCAAAGAUAAAGGAACUAUUGCUUAGCUACAAAUUCACCAAAGCCGUAGAUGAAACUCAACCAUAUCGGCACUUUUUACUUCAACUAUUUGAACAACCCUUGGACUCAUUUUACGAUGUGAUAUUUAGACUAGUUUCCAAUGACCCUUCACAAACUCGCGAGUUCGCGGCACACCGGUGGGAAGUUGGAAAGGUUCCGGCAGGUCUUACGCGGGCAAUGGUGGAACUAGGUAAUGAACUCGAUUUAGGUGUUUUUGCGGCAUAUUUUGACACAUCCUCCGCUAGAAGGGCGCAAGAGUAUGAUAAAUUAGAAAUCCAGAAGUUACAAGAGGAUUUAGAACAUUUCUUUAGAACUCGUAUCAUCCGGGACCAACAAUAUUUUAAUGAAGAUCAAACAACAAGAACUUCGCUGAGCGCAUACGAAUAUGCACAAGCCGACUUCAUCAUUGAUGUCGACGACGAAAAAUUUCCCUGUCACAGAGCAUUUAUUACCAGACGUUCCGAUUAUUUUAAAGCCCUGUUCACGGGUCCAUUCGCCGAAUCUAUUAGUCACCGUCAGCAGGAUGACAAAAGUUUACCGGUAUUUAAGUUGUCAGGUUGCACUCCAGAAAUGUUUAUUUUAAUCCUUGAAUUUAUUUACACCGAUAAAUGUGAGAUUCCCCCUUCCAUCGCAUAUGACGUACUCAUAUUUUCCGACAUGUAUCUAUUGGAUAAGUUAAAAUCUCUUGCAUCCAUAUCGCUCACCAAUCUCAAGGAACCAACCAUGAAUAUAUAUACAUUAAUGCGAACAGCUAUAGAUCUAAAUGUUGAACGAUUGGAAUCUUGGUGUUCACGUUGGUUUGCUGACCAUAUUAAUGAAGUGUUGGAAGAACGGCAAUUCCUGGAAUUGGUUAAAGAAUCGGCGGAAAGUAUUAAGCAUCGUCAAGAAACCGACACCAUACCAUUGAUAGAUGAUAUUAGAUAUUGGUUAUCUAAAAAGUACGGUGUAUUUGAGGAUGAUAUUGACGGGAAAAGUGGGAGAGUGAUGAUGGAAUAUGAGGGAGAUGAAUUUUUUUCAUGGGAGGUGGAGUAUAAUGAAACACUGGAAAGAAUUGAUAAGGUGUUGGAGAAAUUAGAACUAGAUGCUUGA